UGGCAAGACACAGAUUGUUUUUUAGACGCUGGAGUCUUAUAAAAGUGAAUCGAUUUUAUGUCUUUAGUUAAUAUAUUUCAUGAUGAGUAAUAAUUACAUUCGGUCUGUUAGCUGUGUAGAAGAAGAUGAUAGAUGUAUGAACAACGUAGAAAAAUCACAAUCGAUGAAACCGGAUGCAAUGAUUCCGAAUCAUAAUACAAUUAUGGCUCAGCUUGCAUUGCAAAUCGAGGUUCAGGGGGCGACUAUUAACCAAUUAUUAUCAAAAAUUAGCGAAAUGAAAACUAAUUUUCAAAUGGAACUUCAGUUGAAGGACAACGAGUUCUCAAAUUUGAGGGAAAAAUAUGAGCAGCUCCAAAAUAGAGUAACAGAAUUUGGAGAUAAUUCAUCGAAAAUUGUUCAACCAAAUUUUUAUCACCAUUAUCAAUAUACAUUGGACAAGUUUAUCAAAGAAAUUGAGUCACUGAAAAGAAAAAACAAAGAGUUGUUGAAUGAAAAAAAUUAUUUGGUAUCAAAAUUAGCAGAAAAGUGUGAACAAUGUCCAAUGGCAUCGUCCAAAUUAACUAAAUCGGAGAAGGCUGAAAACGUGGACACGAGAUGCUGUGAUAAGUUCUCCGAUUUGUAUGUAACAGAACUCAAUGAAAAUCUGGCUUUCGUUGAUGUUGUUGAUGGCGUUGUCCAAAAAGCCUCUGAUGUUAUCGAAGUCCAACAAACUCAGACAAUCGAAAAUCCAAUGAAAAUCUUCGAAGCUAGUAUCGAUAAAGUAUCAUUUACAAAGACUAUCUCAAGUGAUCUCGAAGUAGAAUCGAAUCACCUAGAUGCGACGAAGAAUGAUAUAAUUUUCACUGAAGAAAACUGCCGUAAAAUGAUCACCAAAUCCACCGGUCAUAGUGACAUAAAAAACAUCAUAAAACUGGACCAAAUCACAACAUUUAAGACUACUGUUAACGAUGAAAAAAAAAAAUUCAUAGACAAUAAAUUAGAUGCACGUUUAAAAUCUGAUCCAAUAUGUGCACUACAAGAAUUGUGUAUGUACCGAAAUUGGAGACUACCGGAGUAUAAGUUUUUCGAAGAAGGUGAUAGUACAACUUUUACUUAUUCGGUAGAGUGUACCGUACUAUCGUUCACAGUCAGGGUCGAGGGUCUACUGAAGAAAGAGGGUAAACGAAAAGCUGCUACAUUGAUGUAUCAAAAAAAUUAA